UUCUUUAAAUUCAUAUUGGUUUUGUUUUGAGAGUUGGAAUCUUGGUGCUGGUAGGAGAUUCUUUUGUGUGGACUUUCUGUUAUUUAGGGUAGAGAGAGAGAGAGAGAUUGGAUUGUACGGUGAAAGGUAGAAAAUUCAUAUGGAAUUGAGUAUGGAAAUGACUCCAAGAGUAGAGGUUGAGGAAGACAGCGACAGCAAUAAAGGAAGCAUGUGGGAUUUGGAUCAGAAACUUGAUCAGCCCAUGGAUGAGGAAGCUGGAAGGCUCAGAAAUAUGUACAGGGAAAAGAAGUUCUCAGCCCUUUUACUUCUGCGGCUUGCCUUCCAGAGUCUUGGGGUGGUUUAUGGAGACUUGGGCACCUCUCCCUUGUACGUGUUCUACAAUACGUUCCCUCGUGGAAUCAAUGAUUCAGAUGAUGUGAUUGGAGCUCUUUCAUUGAUCAUAUACUCGCUUACUCUUAUCCCACUCCUUAAGUAUGUCUUCAUCGUGUGUAAAGCAAAUGACAACGGCCAAGGUGGAACAUUUGCCCUCUACUCGUUACUCUGUCGGCAUGCUAAAGUUAGAACUAUUCCAAAUCAACAUCGAACAGAUGAAGAGCUGACAACAUAUAGCCGUUCCACUUUCCAUGAGCAAUCAUUUGCUGCUACAACUAAGCGAUGGUUGGAGAGAUAUGCAUUCAGAAGGAAUGCGCUUCUUAUUCUUGUCCUUGUUGGCACUUGUAUGUUGAUUGGUGAUGGGAUUCUCACUCCAGCAAUAUCUGUUCUUUCAGCUUCUGGCGGGAUCAAGGUAAACCACCCCAAACUAAGUAACGAUGUAGUUAUAGUUGUUGCAGUUGUAAUAUUGGUGGGUUUGUUUAGCAUGCAACACUAUGGAACAGAUAAAGUCAGCUGGCUCUUUGCCCCAAUUGUGCUGCUUUGGUUUCUCUUAAUUGGGGGUAUCGGCCUGUUCAACAUCUGGAAAUAUGAUACUGGUGUUCUGAAAGCCUUUUCACCUGUAUAUAUUUAUCGGUAUUUUAGAAGGGGAGGUAGAGAUAGUUGGACUUCCCUGGGAGGGAUUAUGCUCAGUAUAACUGGUACGGAGGCACUUUUUGCUGAUCUAGCCCAUUUUCCAGUUUCAGCUGUACAGAUUGCUUUUACCGCAGUUGUUUUUCCUUGUCUUCUUUUAGCAUAUUCUGGACAAGCCGCUUAUCUUAUGCAAAACAAGGAACAUGUGGUUGAUGCAUUCUAUCGUUCUAUUCCAGAUAGAAUAUAUUGGCCAAUGUUCAUUGUCGCAACUGCAGCUGCUGUAGUCGCGAGUCAGGCUACCAUAACUGCAACUUUUUCAAUAAUCAAGCAGGCUCUUGCACUUGGAUGUUUUCCAAGAGUCAAAGUUGUACAUACAUCAAAAAAGUUCCUAGGCCAGAUAUAUAUUCCAGAUAUAAAUUGGAUCCUUAUGAUCCUUUGCAUCUGUGUCACUGCUGGUUUCAAGAACCAAAUUCAAAUCGGUAAUGCUUAUGGUAAGUUUGUUGAAGAGAAUGACUUAUGGACAGCUGUUGUGAUAGUCAUGCUGGUAACCACUUUGCUAAUGAUUCUAAUCAUGUUAUUGGUGUGGCGCUGCCAUUGGAUUCUUGUCUUGCUGUUCACUGGCUUAUCACUGGUUGUGGAAUGCACCUACUUCUCUGCUGUACUCUUCAAGAUUGAUCAAGGUGGGUGGGUGCCGCUUGUGAUUGCAGCUGCCUUUCUUGUCAUCAUGUAUGUUUGGCAUUAUGGUACAUUGAAACGUUACGAGUUUGAGAUGCACAGUAAGGUUUCUAUGGCAUGGAUUGUAGGGCUUGGCCCCAGUUUAGGACUGGUGAGAGUCCCAGGGAUUGGGCUUGUGUACACCGAGCUGGCAAGAGGGGUUCCCCGCAUCUUUUCUCACUUCAUUACAAAUCUACCUGCCAUACAUUCUGUUGUUGUUUUUGUCUGUGUGAAGUACCUCCCUGUCUACACUGUCCCUGAAGAAGAGAGAUUCCUUGUCAAGCGGAUUGGACCAAAGAAUUUUCACAUGUUUCGUUGUGUUGCAAGGUAUGGAUAUAAAGACCUUCACAAGAAGGAUGAAGAUUUUGAGAAAAAACUCUUUGAUAGCCUGUUCUUGUUUGUCCGGCUCGAGACUAUGAUGGAAGGAUGUUCAGAUUCAGACGAGUAUAGUUUAUAUGGGCCGCAAACUGAGCGGUCGAGAGAAGCCCUUUUGAAUGAUAAUGGAAACACAGCUUCCUCGUUUGCUGAUCCCACUAUUUCAUUCGUUGACUCGAUCGUGCAGAUCAGGUCUCCAUCACACGCAAAUUUUACCAGUAAGUCGUCCGAUCGAACUAGCAGCCAGGCGGAGGUUGACCAGACAGAAUUUUUGAAUAAUUGUAGGGAUGCUGGGGUGGUGCACAUAAUGGGGAAUACGGUGGUGAGAGCUAGGAGGGAUUCAACAUUCUACAAGAAGAUAGCUGUUGAUUAUAUAUAUGCAUUUCUUAGAAAAAUUUGUAGGGAAAACAGUGUGAUUUUUAAUGUUCCCCAUGAGAGUCUCUUGAACGUCGGACAGAUAUUCUAUGUAUAAAUAUUUUUUUUAUGCAACUGUUGAUAAGAGCAA